AUGCGGCGCUGGUUACUGGUGGCGAGUGUGCCGCUGCUGCUGGUGGUGGUGGAGGUGCGUCGGAGCACGGCGGGAAGCGGGCGGAGGGGGGUGACGCCGCUGGGUCUGGCGCUGGCCACCAGGCGACGCCUGCCGCCCCCGCCGCCCGUGGCGCGCGCAGCCUCGGGAGAGACGCUCUGGUUUACGCAGCGCCUCGACCACUUCAACACCUCCAACAACGACACCUGGAAGCAGCGGUUCUUCCGGAACACGGCACACCACGAGGCGGGGGGCCCGGUGCUGCUAUACGUGGGGGCGGAAACGGAGGCCAACGUGGCGUGGGUGGAGGCUGGCUUCAUGGCGUCGCUGUGCGCCCGGCUGCGCGGCCUCUGCCUCGAGCUGGAGCACCGCUUCUACGGGCAGAGCCGACCCACUCGGGACCUGUCCACGGAGAAUCUGCGGUUCCUGAGUGCGGAGCAGGCGCUGGCGGACCUCGCCAACUUCAUCCGGCAGUACCGCCGGGAACACGCCGACACGCUGCUCGUGCCGUGGGUGGUGUUCGGCGGCUCGUACGCCGGCAACCUGGCCGCCUGGGCGCGCCUCCGCUACCCACACCUGGUGGACGCCGCCGUCGCCUCCAGCGCGCCCGUUCUCGCCAACCUCACCUUCCCAGGCUACCUGGAGGUGGUGGGGGAGGUGAUCGGUGCCAACGACGCCGCUUGCCUGGAGGACAUCCGCGCUGCGGCAGCUGAGCUCGAGGAGCGCCUGCAGACAGAGGCAGACAGCGCCGUCAUCAACAAGUUCUUUAGACUGUGCACGCCUCUGAACGCCAGCAACACGGAUGACGUGGCCUCAGUGGAGGACGUCCUGGAAGUUCCUUUUGCGAACGCAGUGCAGUCGUCGUCCAACAAGGUGGGCGAUGACGUCAGGCGGCUGUGCGCCGCGGCGCGCAGCUCACCAGGAGAGACGGCGCUGCAGCGGCACGCGGCGCUCGCCGUCGCUGACUUCGGCGCCGACGCACGCGGCUCCUGUCUCAACGCCACCUUCGUCGCCACCAUCGCCGACCUGCGCCGCACAAACUACUCUUCCUCCAGCUCAAGACAGUGGCUAUACCAGACGUGUACAGAAUUUGGCUACUUCGUGACGACGGAUUCUGAUAAGCAGCCAUUCGGCCACAGAAUAGGCGUCUCCUUCAGUGGGGGUAUCUGUGAAGCCGUAUUUGGACCAGAGUUUACGCUGGAACGCACCAGCCGCGGGGUGUCGGCAACUAACACUCACUUCGGUGGUCGCUCCCCCGACGUAAGUCACGUGGUUUUCGUCAACGGUGCACUGGACCCCUGGCAUCGCCUCAGCGUGACACACGAUCUCUCAGACACCGCUCGUGCUGUCGUCAUUCCGGAUACAUCGCAUUGCGCCGACAUGCUGGAUGAUGGGCCUGGGGAUUCCAAUGCACUACACACUGCUCGGCGCCGCAUUGCAGAGCUUGUGGCCACAUGGACAGUGGCAGCCAUCAAACAUGUACAUGGAAAAGCACCCUCAACAAGAGCUACAACCAUACAUGAACUACUUCUGCAAACUUAAUUUCUCCCAUGUUGGAUUCUACCUGUUUUGUACUGCAGCAAAAGAUUCAAUUUUGCUUGCAUUAUUUACAUUUGAGUUACUUUGACAUUUGGAAUUUUAACAGUGGUGAGUGAAGAGAAUAAUUCCAACAACUGAAUACAAAUCUGCUGCAUACGUAACCAACCAAAGGAACUAUUAGUUUUCUCUGGUUGUUUCUUCACAUCCACAGCAACAAACAAAAAAUUGUGUGUCAAGAAACAUUAAUUAAUGCCAUGAGAGGGUAUAAACACUUGUCAUUUCACUCAAGUUUGUGAAUUUGAAACUUAAGUGGAGUUUACAUAUAGGUUUUCACUUAUUCCAUUAAAUUACAUCUGAUAGUUUUUAACAUGAAGAAAUAAGGAAUAGAAUUCAGCAUCCCAUUCAAGUGAGGUCAUUGGAGAUGGAGCAAAUAUUAGGACUGUAUGGAGAUUAUACAGCAACUUGGUCAUGGCCUGUUUGAGGGAACGAUGACAUUUCUCCCAAGAACUUUAGAAAAACAAUAGGAAACUUGAAUCUGGUGUGCCAGAGUGGACGCUGAAACUAGCUCCUCCCGAAAUGUGAAUUCAGUGCCUUAACUACUGAGCUGCUUAGCUCAGUAAUCACAUUUUAAUCAAUGUAGAACUAUAAUUAUCAUGUAUGCUACUUAUACAGUGCCAACAUGAAUGGCAUAGGAUGAUGGAAAGAGCACUGUGUGACAAAUAACUUUUACCAAGGAACAUAAAUUAUAUUCUAGAGUGAAACUUUCAUUCUUCAGUGGAGGCAACUUUUCAGCAGACUAAAACUGAGAGCCAAACCACAACAUGAGAACAAAUUGCUACUUUCCAUCAAAAACACUACACUGUUCAGCCAUCCCAACAAGCUUUACAGUCCAGACAAAGCUUCAGCUUACCAGUACAUUUCUCCUACUUUUUAAAACUCCACAAAAGUUUUUUUUAUAGAAAACUUUAGAGUUCCAAUCUGGCACACAGUUUUAAUUACAUAUUUCAGUCUAAAGUGAAAGAUUCUUUGUGAAACAACCCUUGAUAGUGCUUAGGCCACGCAUGACCAAUUCAUCAAGAUUUUUCCACACAAGCAACAUAAAUUUUGUGCUCCAUCCUUUCUAUUUUUCCACAUCAGUGAUAUAUU